AUGGCAUUUCUUCCUCGUCCAGUUCCUGUUGGUGUUUACCCUCUCUUUGGUAUCAUGGCCUUUGCUACCGGUGGUGUACUUUACUUUGUUGCCCAUCUGGUUCGCCAUCAGGACGUAGUGUGGUCUCGCAAAAACAAUCCAACUCCUUUCCAGUCUAUUCAGAAAAACGAGACUACAAAACUUUACAACCCAAACGGUUCUUUCGAGAAGAAGUGGUCUAGAAAUGCUCUUUAG